GGAAAAGCAAACCGAAAGUAAAGCGAGCGGACUGCGGAGCCGAGCCGUGCACAACGCGGUGGAAAAGCGCCUUUUGUUUCUGGCUGGCGGAAAUAAAUUGACACCGGGGUUCGCAUGUGAAUUCGGUUGGAUCUUUAGGACAGACCUGAUGGAGGAGAGUGAAAAACUGAGUGAAGUGGAGGAGGAACAUCAUGUCAAACCUGGAGAAAAACCUUUGAGUCGCUCAAAGACUAAAAAGACAUUUUUAAAGAAAAGAAGAGCCAAGAAAUCUGCAACCUGCACUCAGUGUGGAAAGAGUUUCACAUGCAAACAAAAUCUUGAGCGUCACAUGAGAGUUCAUACUGGAGAGAAGCCGUUCACAUGUGAUCAGUGCGGGAAGAGUUUCACAAGAUCAGAACACCUUAAGUUACACAUGAAGAUCCACACUGGAGAGAAGCCACACGCAUGUGAUCAGUGUGGGAAGAGAUUCUUAUGCGAAUGUCAUUUUAAGCGUCACAUGAGAGUUCAUUCUGGAGAGAAGUCCUUCAUGUGUGAUCAGUGUGGGAUGAGCUUCACACGAAAAAUAUACCUUAAAGAACACAUGACGAUCCACACUGGAUGGAAGCCGCACGCAUGCGAUCAGUGUGGGAAUAGUUUCACGCGAUCAGAACACCUUAAAGUACACAUGAGAGUUCACACAGGAGAGAAGCCGUUCACAUGUGAUCAGUGUGGAAGGAGAUUCACACAAUUAUCACAGCUUAAAUUCCACACGAAGAGCCACACCGGAGAGAAGCCGUAUGCAUGCGAUCAUUGUGAAAAGAGAUUCUCAAGCAAAAAUUAUCUGGAGACUCACAUGAGAAUUCAUACUGGAGAGAAGCCGUACGCAUGUGAUCAGUGCGGGAAGAGCUUCAUACGAAAAACACUUGUUAUUCAACACAUGAAAAUCCACACUGGAGAAAAGCCGUACAUGUGUGAACAGUGUGAAAAGAGAUUCUCAUGCAAAGGUAAUCUUGAGAUUCACAUGAGAGUUCACACCGGAGAGAAGCCGUUCACAUGUGAUCAAUGUGGAAAAACAUUUCUUGUGGCAUCAAACCUGAAGACACACCUGAGAGUUCAUACGAAGGAGAAGCCACAUUCAUGUUCUGUGUGUGGAAAGAGUUUUUCAGUGCUGUGUAAUUUAAAAGUACAUCAGAAAACACAUACAGGUGUGAGAGCUCACAUGUGCUUUGAGUGUGAGAAGACUUUUAUUUCAUCGAACAGUUUAAAAGUGCACCAGAGAAUUCACACUGGAGAAAAACCUUACAAGUGUUCACACUGUGACAAGAGAUUCAGUCAGUCAGGAACACUGAAAACACAUGAGAGGAUCCACAGCAGAGAGAAGCUGCACACGUGUGAUCAGUGUGGAAAGAGUAAAGUCACCUGAAGAUACACAUGAAGAUCCAUACAGUGGAGAAACCACAUCACAACAGUCUGAAAUCACUAACUACCAGAAAGCAUCUGGAAGGAGAGGACAGAGAGAUCCAGUGAUCCAGAACCUGCAGAAAGAAACUCAGGGUUCCCACGGGUCAUGGAAUUUCUGGAAUUUCAUGGAAUUUUAAAAGGUCCAUUGAAAGUCAGGGAAUUUUAUAUACUUUUUUGUCCAAGUCAUGGAAUAUCAGGGAAUUUUGUUUGUCACUUUAAAUUUGAGUUUCCUUAUCAAAAUGUAAUUUUUCUACCAUUUUUUUAUUGAGUUGUUUCAAGCGUUUUACAUAUUAGGCUAUUUUUCAGUGGCAUUUUAUUCCCUUCCCUUCCUUGAAGGUCAAAAUUACAGUUUCAGUGCAGCUUCAAAGGGCUUUAAACGAUACCAGACGAGGAAUAAGGGUCUUAUCUAGUGAAAAGAUCGGUCAUUUUCUAAAAAAAUACAACUGUAUAUGCUUUAUAAACGCAAAUGAUCGCCUUGAACGUACUUCCGCUUUAAGCAUUCUUCAAAACGCUUACGCUGAAUGUCCUACACCUUCCCUUUAGAGGGUAUGCAUCGACCUCACUUCCCCGCCGGAACGCGCUCCCUCAGCUGGACUGAGUGGCAAAAGAACCUGACUGGAUUUAAUAGGGGAAACUGCGAAAACGAGAGUUAAAAAAAACGAUUACACUAAAGUUUGGACUCGAAAGUGUUUCUUAAAACUUGUCAAAUAAACCUAAUCCAUGGAUAUUGACAUGCAGCCAGGAAUCGUGUUUCCUGACAUUUAUAUGUGCUUGAUUUCGACGCCGGGAAAAUACAUAAAGCAAAUCUGCUUUAUAUAACUACAAUAUAGGUAGGUUUAAAUCCGCGUAAUCACUUAUAUCAAUGUUAUAUACAGUGGUAUGCGAAAGUUUGGGAACCCCUUGCAGAAUCUGUGAAAAUGUGAAUAAUUUUAACAAAAUAAGAGAGAUCAUACAAAAUGCAUGUUAUUUUUUAUUUAGGACUGUCCUGAGUAAGAUAUUUUACAUAGAUGUUUACAUAUAAUCCACAAGACAAAAAAGUAGCUGAAUUUAUUAAAAUAUCUCUGUUCAAAAGUUUGGGAACCCUUGGUUCUUAAUACUGUGUGUGGUUACCUGGAUGAUCCACCACUGUUUUUUUUUUUGUGAUGGUUGUUCAUGAGUCUCUUGUUUGUCCUGAUCAGUUAAACUGAGCUCUGUUCUUCAGAAAAAUCCUCCAUGUCCUGCAGGUUCUUCGGUUUUCAAGCAUUUUUUGCGUAUUUGAACCCUUUCCAGCAGUGACCGAAUGAUUUUGAGAUCCAUCUUUUCACACUGAGUACAACUGAUGGACUCAAACACAACAAUUAAAAAAGGUUCAAACACACACUGUUAUCAUUGACAGUGAUUUAUGUGAUUGAUUUUGUCGUCUUGUAGCUUUGUCACAUCUGGUUAGUACGAAGCCCGGCACGUCACCUAUAGGAGAAAAAAAAAACAAUCCGUGCCGACGGUUUUGCAGUCCGUUCCCUCAGUUUAUAAACCGUGCUGACGAAUACUUAAACUGUUCCCUCGGUUUAACAAACCGUGCCCACGAAUUUCCAAUCCGUGCGCUCAGAUUUUGCAAAUCGUACCCUCGGUUUUUAAAUCCGUUCCCACAAAUUCAUAAUCCGUGCGCACGCUUUCGCAAAUCCGUUCCCACGGGUUUGUAAAAACUGUACUCACGGAUUUGUGGCCCCGCCUCCAAUCUUUGCCGGCAUUCAACCAGCCACCUAUUUAGGUGCGGGAUGCAUAUUGUAAAUAAAUAAACUUUAUUUUACAAAAUGGAGAAUUUCCUGAACUUCCAUUCAGAAUUCAUUUGAGAAUUUCCAUUAUUUUUAUCUUGUAAAGUCCAUUUUGGGCAAAAAGCUUAUAAUAAAAUCACCAAAACAAGCCUUCAUGUUAAGAAUGAAUAGCCUACACAAACAUUUCUAAAACUGUAAAAAGUGGUUUUUUUUAUUUUUAUAAAGCAUUCAUUAAUCAUUUUAUGAUAAACAUACUGUCUUAAGUGCACUCAUUUAUAGUCAUCAAUUAAAAAUAAUUGAUAAAAAAUACAUUUAAAAAAUAAAUACAAAAUAGUAAUAAUAGUUGUUGUUAUUAUUUUUAUUAGUCUAGGCCUAUUGUUGCGUUUAGGCUACAUGCAUUUAGAAGAAGAAAAGAGGAACAAAGAAAUUAAAAGUCAGUCAUAAUACACAAUGCCAGGUUUAUUAGGCAAUAAUAAUAAAGUGCUAAGAUUAUCACAAAUAAACAAGAUUUUGACUUCUUAUUAAAUCGUUGUAUUCCGCUUCCUGUUGAUAGAGAAUCACUGCAGUUACUAUAAUUUGAUGAAUAAUACACAAUAAAACAAUAAGAUUCGUUAACACGUACCUGGCCCAGGUGAAAAAAAUACUAUAGUAUUAUAGUAUAGUGUUUUUGAACCAUAAAAUACUUUAAUUAAUUUAUUGUGGUAAUUCUAUAGUUGCUGUGAUAAUAUAACAAUAGUCAUAUAAACAAAUUAAUUUACCCAAUAUUGUACUACUACGUUUUCUACAACUUUAGGGUAGCUAUAUUAUACUACAAUAUACACUACAGUUUACUGUAGUAAAAACUAAAGUAUACUACAGUAUUUAUAACAGUUUAUCAGUUCAAUAGUUAAUACUAACUACAAUAUGCUGUAGCAUUCAUUAAUGAAGUGUUGUAAAUACUAUAUUAUACAGUAUACUACAAUUUACUAUAGUAUGGUUCAAAAACACUAUAGUAUUUACUAUAGUAUUUUUUCACCUGGGGGAGUUUGCUGUUCUUCUUCUAAAAUAAAUCCGUGAGUACAGUUUUUACAAACCCGUGGGAACGGAUUUGCGAAAGCGUGCGCACGGAUUAUGAAUUUGUGGGAACGGAUUUAAAAACCGAGGGUACGGUUUGCAAAAUCUGAGCGCACGGGUUUGAAUUUCGUGGGUACGGUUUAUUAAUCCUUGGGCACGGUUUGUUAAACCGAGGGAACGGAUUGCAAAACCGUCGGCACGGAUUGUUUUUUUUUCUCCUAUAGGUGACGUGCCGGGCUCCAUAGUUUAGGACACGGUAAAAAAAAAAAAAAAAAAAAAGCACACUGUAAGCCUUCUUUUCACUGCACAGGACAUUAGGAUACGAUUGUUGCAUUUCACCCCCUAGUGGCAGUCGCACAGAAUUUUCAAAUUGGUCGUGUGUAGCACGGUCAGCAAAAACUAAAUGUGAAGAAAUUAAAA